AUGAAUGCUGUAGGUGACGUUUGCACCCAAAAUCCUGACGAUAAGCGAGUUCUAAAGACGAAGAGCAUUUACAUUUUUCUCGGUAUUAUCGCUUUAUUUACAGUGGUUACAAUAGCAUUAGCAGCAGCUACACUAGCUGUUGUUAUCCGAAGAGUUAAAUCAAGCACUAACGCGGAAUGUAAUCAUGGUAUGUUGGUAUGCUCGAUUCAUAUUGAUCAUAUGAUGAAUCAUCUGAAAGAAUUGCAAAAAAUUGCCGAUACGUCAAACAAUAAUCGUGCAAUUCACACACAAGGAUUUAAUCGCACUUUGGAUUAUAUUACCAACUAUUUAACAAAAAAUACCAACUUGAAAGUUCAAACGCAGUUUUUUCCUUUCGACUCAUUUACAUUAAAUAGUGAUCCUACCUUGCGAUCGUACAUAAACGGCGAGGAAGUUAAUCUAAUAUACGGUUUAACACAAGAUUUCACAUUUAUGCAAUAUUCUGGAUCAGCCGACUUUUCUGAUCCAGUUCGACUAACAUCAAUACCGAAUGUCGGAUGUGACGAGUCUGACUGGCAAGCAGCAACACCGUCGCCUGAGAACAGCGUGGUUCUUGUUAAACGUGGGAUUUGUGCAUUUACAGAUAAAUCUCUCUUGGCUGCUAAAUAUCGUGUAGCUGGUCUUCUGAUUUACAAUGAUGGUGCUACAUGUGAUCGAAAUCCGCCCCUUGCAGCGCCUGUCCACCAAGAUGCAUCAUUUCCAGCCUUAUUUUUAUCCUUCCAGGCUGGCACAAAUUUGGUCAAUGCAGCGCAAGAUUCAACCACGAAUGCAGGUGUAAGAAUUUACAUUUCAACUACAAAAGUUCCAUUACCCGUUGGCAAUAUUUGUGCUCAUACAGUGACGGGUGAUGCAACUCAGACAAUUGUCAUUGGAAGCCACAGCGAUGGUGUGCCAGCUGGCCCGGGGAUUAAUGAUAACGGUAGUGGUAGUGCAAUGAAUCUUGUCCUAGCAACAAACUUAGCCCGUCUAUUCCAAACUUCGAAUUAUGCAUCCUAUAAAUACCGUGUUAAAUUCUGCUGGUGGGGUGCUGAAGAAGUCGGACUUGUCGGUUCCGAAUAUCAUGUUGAACAAGCCAAAAUUAGCACAGUUGAAGGCGAACGUAUUUCGGAUUAUCUUGUUAAUCUCAAUUAUGAUAUGUUAGGUUCGCCAAAUUUUCAGUUGGGCAUAUAUGAUGGUAACACGGCCGAUCUUAGCAUGACCCCGCCAAAAGCCAUUCCUGGCAGUAUUCGAUUAACAGAGUUAUUUCGUGAUUGGUUUAUUAGUGAAAAUCUACCGUUUAAUAUGAGUGAAUUUAGUGGUCGUAGUGAUUACGGUCCAUUUUUGGCCACUGGUAUUGUUGCAUCGGGUUUGGAUGCCGGUGCAGACGGUACAAAAACAAAAGACGAAAGAGAUUAUUAUGACCAAAUGUUAGGUCAAGGAAAGGGUGGCAUAGCUGGUGCAAUACACGAUCCUUGUUAUCACCAAGCUUGUGACUCAUUAGCUAACAUAAACCCCUUGGCCUAUGAGAAAUUGACACAAGGAGCCGCCUACGUUCUUGAAUAUUUAGGUAGACAUUCUGAUUUGCGUUCGUAUUUGUAUCCACAGGCACAAAUUCGACAACUGGAAAAAUUAUCACCGUACAAAUCAAUACCAAAAUAUAAUGCACAGAGAGAAUUUUUUAAAAAAACUGACUUAUAA